CAAACAGGAGAUGCCACUUGUAUUGCCAGUCCAAGGAGACAGAAGAUGUGGCGUACAUGAAGGUGCUGGUGCAUGAUGGGACACGAUGUUCUUACAAGGACGCCUACAGCAUCUGCGUGCGUGGAGAGUGUGUGAAAGUUGGCUGUGACAGAGAAAUUGGCUCUAGCAAGGUUGAGGACAGAUGUGGGGUUUGCGGUGGAGACAAUUCUCACUGCCGCACCGUCAAAGGAACCUUCACCCGCACGCCGAAGAAAGCUGGUUACCUUAAGAUGUUUCUCAUUCCUCCUGGAGCUAGACAUGUGAUCAUCCAAGAACAUGAGGCCUCCCCUCACAUUCUUGCAAUCAAGAACCAGGCGACGGGGCAUUACAUCCUCAACGGCAAAGGAGAGGAGGUCAAGUCCAGAAGCUUCAUCGACUUGGGCGUUGAAUGGCAUUACAUCAUCGAGGGCGACGUAGAGACGCUGCAGACCGAUGGCCCUCUGCACGACCCCGUGGUGGUGCUGAUUAUACCAAAGGACAAUGAGACACGGUCGACUCUGAUGUAUAAGUACAUCAUCCAUGAAGAUUCGGUGCCCAUCAACAAUAACAAUGUCAUCCAGGAGGAGACCUAUGAGUGGGCUCUGAAGAGCUGGUCUCCGUGUUCCAAGCCAUGUGCUGGAGGGUUUCAGUACACCAAGUAUGGAUGUCGGAAAAAGGGAGACACCAAGAUGGUUCAUCGAGGCUACUGCGACGCUGGCAAGAGGCCCAAACCCAUCCGAAGAAUGUGUAACCUUCAGGACUGCACACAGCCUCAAUGGAUCUCAGAAGAAUGGGAGCACUGUACCAAAACCUGCAGCAGCCUAGGCUUUCAGAUCCGAACCGUUCGCUGCGUACAGUUCCUGCAUGAUGGCACGAACCGCUCCAUCCACAGCAAAUACUGCAGCGGCGAGAAGCCCGAGAGCCGAAGGCCCUGUAACAGAGUGCCGUGUCCUGCCCAGUGGAGGACCGGAGCCUGGUCAGAGUGUUCUGUGACGUGUGGAGAGGGGAUAGAAAGGCGUUUGAUCACCUGCCGGAUUGGAGAUCAGUGUAACGGAGAAAAGCCCGAAAACGUGAGGCCGUGCAAACCUGGACCCUGCCACGAUGAGCCGUGUAAUGGGGACAAAUCCAUCUUCUGCCAAAUGGAGGUGUUAGCGAGAUACUGCUCUAUCCCAGGCUACAGCAAGCUGUGCUGCGACUCCUGCAGUAAGCGCACCGGAGCCCUGUCUAUGUUCUCGGAGGCGGCUGAGACCGAGGAACACGUUCGCUUCGGAUCAGCCUCGCAGCUCCUUGAGACGUUAACGGCCGCAGUAGCGGCCAACGGCACUCGCGGUGGGAAACAAGGCGCGGGCAAAGGAUCCGCCACAUCGGGCGGUGCAGCAAAACACAUCACCACGCCUGCUCCAGUUAAGAAAACCCCAUCAAAGAUCGCUACAGCACCAAGGCGGGUUCCACGACAUACGGACCUCACUGACAGGAAGCUGUCCACCCAGGCUGGUCCUACUCGGGGUCAAAGGUCAAGCAGUUUGGUGGACAGUCGGCAGCCUGUGGCAUAUUCUGAAGUGGAGCGAUGAAAGUCAUAGCUUUUGCCUUUAGGACUCGUAAUGUACAGUAGAUAAUCCAGCUUCAUCCUGAGUCUUCUCAUACCAGAAAACACAGAGAAAGAAAGAAAAGUGCUGGUUCACUUUGUAAGAAUUUGACCCUGAUACGGACUCUAAAUAUCUCUUUAACCACCUGCAGCUUCCAGAUUGCUGAGGCUGAAACAGCCGUGCUACUUUGCCCUCAUACUUCUAUAUUAAUAUGAAACAAAUAUGAAAUCAUUUCAAGGUGUAGGGGCACGUGAGCCACGGGGAGUUUUCAACCGUGUCAAAUGAAAAGCUAAAUUACGUUCGUAGUGAAUACUUUCAGGGAUACAAAACAGCCAAAGGACAGUUCAGUAUUCAAAAGAUGUUUGUCGCUCUGACUCAUACAUUCCCGAUGUCUGACAUUUAUUUCAUUUUAUCACCUUGUUCACUUGUUCAGGCAAAUGUUUCUCUAAUGUCACCUGCACAGUGAAAACUGAGAGAGCAGGUGGAGGAAGGUGUCUGCAUUCCCCCUCCGGACGAGCGGUCGUCUGGUCUCGUUACUGAAUAAACCAGACCCCUGCUGCCUGCAGAGCAGCUAU